AUGAUUCUUAAAGAAAAUGGCUCAGAAUAUCAACCAAAACUGAUAAAGAGAAUCCUGCUAACUUUAUGCUGGAUCUUAGCAGUGUUUGUAAGUGGGGCAGAAGUUAGAGAGAUUAACUUGUUAGAAUGUUCUCAUGCUGAACCUCCAAUACGGUAUCGUGCCAUUAGUGAUGAGGAGUUUGUUUUACAAUGUGCUUUACCAGACAGAGAUGCUACCCACAUUUAUAACAACUCACCUUUAAAGCAACAGAAGGUGAAAUGGUUCUGGCAUCAGACAGACAAGGAGACACUGAAGGCUAUCAAGGAAAGCUCUAAUCUUGCUCUACAAGGGGAUGCACUUUGGUUUAAACCAGUGAAGGACAGUGCUUCUGGAGUAUACAUCUGUAUGAUAUGGGGAAAAAUCCCAUGUCUUAAAAUUGUUUUGGAGGUUCAAACAAAGAAAGCGGCAAAAUGUUCAGGUUAUGACACAAAUACACUGUAUCUUUUUGCCGGCAAUGGGAAUUCAAUCACCUGUCCUGGAACAAAAUGCUACAGCCAUAUAAAAAGAUCAGAUGUAAAAUGGUACAAGGAUGGUCAUCAGAUAAAAAGUUCAAGAAGCAGACAAAGCCUAAAGCUUAAGCAUAAUGAAAUCUACUUGAAUCCAACUUAUGACAAAGAUACUGGAAUAUAUGUGUGUGAUUACACUCUAUAUGACAACACUACCAAGUGGAUGAUGAGAACAGCAGUAAGAGUGGAAGUCAUUUCAAAAAACACUAUCCAUCCGCCAAACUUCCUGUACCCCAAUGGUGUGGUGAUUCUUGAAGCAGAUGUUGGAAAGCCACUUGAAUUGGAAUGUCGUGUACAAUUUGGGUUUGAAAGAGCUUCUCUGAUGAGGGUGACGUGGAAAAGAAAUGAUGAAGAAAAUAUAAAUGAGAAAUUGAAUCAGGAAACAAGUGUUUACCCAAAAGGCUUAAAGGGGCACACACUUCUUGGUGUUGCAAAACUGAAAGAAGUUACUGAAAGAGACCUCAGAAGCAAUUUCACUUGCUUUGCUGAAAAUUCAGUGGGGAAUGCCACCGCUGUGAUCCAGCUGAAAAGAAAGCAGAAAGUGUUUUUCUUAUAUGUACUAUGCAGUGCCAUUUCUACUCUGUUUGCAUUCCUUUUGUGCACUGCCUUUAUUUACCAGCACUGGAUUGAAAUAGUGCUGAUCUACCGAAGUUAUCUGGUCCGGAAUGAAACUACAGGAGACGGCAAAGAAUUUGAUGCAUUUGUAUCCUAUGCAAAACUAGACUCUUCUGAAAGUGACUCUGCUUUAAUUAGUGAGGAAAAAUUUGCCCUGGAGCUUCUUCCAGAUAUGCUGGAGAAUAAAUAUGGAUACAAGUUAUGCAUUCUUGAAAGAGAUAUUCUUCCAGGAGGAGCAUACACAGAUGAAGUUGUUACAGCUAUUAAAAAAAGCAGACGAGCAAUAAUUAUUUUGAGCCCGGCCUAUGUCAGUGGACCAAGCAUCUUUGAGCUGCAGGCAGCAGUAAACUGUGCAUUGGAAGAUAAAAAGAUCAAACUGGUAUUAAUAAAAUUCCAGGCUUUCCAAGAGCCAGAGACUUUGCCUCUAGUAGUGAAGAAGGCUCUUCGGAUUUUACCAGUCGUUACAUGGAAGUCUUCUAUUUCUGCUGCUGCAAACAAGAAGUUCUGGAAAUAUAUGUGUUACCACAUGCCAGUGAAAACUAAGAUGUUGAGAAAAUGCAGCCUAAAGGUUUAUUUCCAAAGAUUAUUCAGCCUGGUAUAUCAAUAAGAGAAAUUUCACAGAGAGAUGACAGAAGGCUGAUGAAUGUUGAUGCUAUCGGAAAAGAGCUUUUCUACGUUGGCUGGACUCCGUGGACUGUCACUGCAAUCAGCAAUAGCUCACUCCAAAACUAUGA